GUGCCUAAAAGAAGAGAUGAAAAAGAAAAAUGAAGAGGCAAAAAGCAAACUUGAUGAAAGCGAAGACAAUAUUAGAAACAUUGAAAAUGAAAUUUCUAAAAAGGAAAAACAACUGAAAACAUUUGAAAGCAAGAUUAACAGUUUAAAGAAACAAAUUGAAACAAAAUCCAGGAAUAUUGAAGAAUUGCAGCAAGACAACAAGGCUUUACGAAAGAAAGUUGCAACAGAGAGCAAGCAAUCCAGUAUUAUGGAAGAAAAAGUGAAUAAAUUACAAUUGGAGUUGGAAAGUAUGAAGAAAUUGCAUAAAGAAACAACUGACAACUAUAAAAAUGAAAUAGAGAAGGCUAGAGCAGUGGAAGAAAAACUUUUCAAAGAGGCAGAGAGCAUGAAAUCUGUAGCUGAUGAAGCAGUAGCAAAGCAGAAAGAAAUCGACAUUCAGUGUCAGCACAAAAUAACUGAAAUGGUAGCACUUAUGGAAAAGCAUAAGCAUCAAUAUGAUAAGACAGUUGAAGAAAAAGAUGCAGUAUUAGAAUGCUAUAAGACAAAAGAACAAGAGGUAUCAUCAACAAUAGGAUCUUUGAAAAGUGAACUUUCCAAUAAGAAAAAGGAACUCUCCUCCCUUCAGGAGCAGCUUAAAAUAGAAAUGGAAGAGAAGGAAAAGCUAGCAAGAGAGACAAAUAAAGGUGACAUUUCUAAAAAAGAAAAAAGGCAUCAGAAAACACAAACAUCCUUUUUGGAAACACAUAAAACCAGUAGUCUAGAUUCUCCAUCUCUUCAUUCCAAAAAGAAAAUGUCCCAAAAUUUUACACCUGCUAAUGUGAACAAAGAGAAGUCUUCUUGGACACCUGCCAGGACUUACACUGUGAAAACACCUCCAAAAUCUAAAUUGCUAAGAGAAAGCACCAGCCUACUUUCAGAAGAAGUAACAAAGAAAAAAAGAAAAGUUCUUUUGGAACUGGAUACUCAGUCAGAUACCUCUGAGAACAAUGACCUCCUGAGCAUCGUGUCAGAGGAAGAAAUGUUUAAAAAGCUGUAUAAAGAUUAUCCACAAACUUCUCGCCUAUGUGUCUUAACACCAAAAAAGGUUCACAUGCCACCAACUUUGAAAACUCCUGGAUCUGUGGUUAAGGUUGCAGCUUUAAGAAAGAUGCGAGAUGCUGGAUGGACUGCUAUCUCCAAAGUGGAUAGAAAGGAAAAAAUGAAAGAAGCUGAAAAACUUUUUGCAUAAGUGAAACUUACUGUAAUGUUGAACUAAUUGUUUAGUUUACCAUAUUUGAAUACUCUGCCUUCAUUACAUUUUUGUUCCAGUAACUUUUUUUUUAAAAAAAGAUAGUGUGUCCCGAGUCUGUUAAAAGGGCCGGAAGUGUUGGAGUAAUUUAAAUAUUAUAAGUUUCCCCAAGAUCUUAUGUUCUGAUCUAUCUCCUGUAGGUACAGGUGCAUGUGUGGAAAAGAAUCAAUGUAGGGCUCAGUAGAGUCCUUUCUUCCCAUCACUCCCUUGCUGGAUCUAGGGUACUUUUGCACAGGGCCA